AUGAGAAUGAAGAUUUCCGGAAGCUUGCAGAAACAGAAAUUGCUUCCUAUGAAGAAGAGAUAGCUGAACUGAAACAACAGAUAGUGUUGCUUUUGAUUCCUUCAGAAGAAACAGAUGAGAGUGAUCUUGUCAUGGAAGUAACUGCUGGAGUUGGAGGGCAGGAAGCCAUGCUGUUCACCUCGGAGAUAUUUGAUAUGUAUCAACGAUAUGCUGCUUAUAAAAAGUGGAAAUUUGAAGUAUUAGAAUACUUUCCCAGUGAACUAGGUGGCCUAAGACAUGCAGUAGCCAGUAUUGCAGGUGUUGAGGCUUACAAAUACAUGAAGUUUGAAGGAGGAGUGCAUCGUGUUCAGCGGGUACCAAAGACAGAAAAACAAGGACGCAUUCACACCAGCACAAUGACUGUUGCAAUAUUACCCCAACCCACUGAGAUGAGACUGCAAAUUAGUCCAAAAGAUCUACGGAUAGAAACAAAGCGAGCUAGUGGAGCUGGAGGCCAGCAUGUCAAUACCACUGAUAGUGCUGUGCGGAUAGUUCACAUUCCAACAGGGAUUGUGGCUGAAUGUCAGCAAGAAAGAUCCCAAAUUAGAAACAAAGAGAAGGCUAUGCAAAUGCUAUGUGCUAAGCUAUACAACGCCAAACUAGAAGAAGAAACCAGAAAGAGAAACUAUGCUCGAAAGAUUCAAAUUGGGACUAAAGGAAGAUCAGAGAAGAUCAGAACAUACAACUUUCCACAGGACCGGAUUACAGACCACAGAAUAAGCAGAUCAGUGCAUCAUGUUGAGUCUUUCAUGUUAGGGGAAGAAAUGCUAGAUGAAAUGAUACAAACUCUGAGAGAAUAUGCUGAUUAUGAAUCUCUAAUGGAAAUUAUUUCAGAAAAUGAUAAAAAUAAUUCUUCCUGAAUGUGGUUCUUUCUCAGGCCAUUACAACAGAUGUAGACCUUGGUCUGCAAAGAAUCUUCUCAGAGCACCACCCAGAAAAUGGAACUUGUUUUCAGAUCAUGAAAAACAUCACAACUUGUGUCCUCAUGAAACAUUUUUCUUACUUGCUGGAUAGAAGACUUUGUUAUCUUCAUAUGAGACAUUAUUGCUGCAGUAGUCCUUGUGAAAAGUUUAUUUGACUGCACCAGAAGUAACAGCAGUUUUUAACUUCUACUGAGAACUGAUUCAAAAGGUAUGCAUGCAUUAAAAAAGGAAUUAUUUCUAGUUCCUGUUUUCAUUUAAACUAUGGCUUAACCAUCACACAGCAGUGUGAAAUGGCUUACUUGGGAGAACAAAAAAAUCCUAUUUUGUUUGAGUGAUUGGAAAAAAGUGAUAAAUAAAUUAUCCCACUCUAUCUAUCCACAUAUUCAUUAAUCAUUUACAUGUAUCAUGGGAAAGGGAGUCAAAGUGUAUCGCUGUCAUGUUUUCAAGUCCUUCUGGCCCUUAUUUAUAAAUACAAAACAAGUUUAGGAAUAUCCCUUGUUGGAGGAAAAAAAAGCCAUGGAAGCCAAGUGAGGAAUCAUAUGAAUUGGUUUUGGAACAAAUGUUUCUGUUCUCAAGUCAAAAAUAAAAGUAAUUGUUACAAUAUUGUUUGACUGAUA